CCUGAAUUCCAUUGUUUUUUCUCCAAAAUGUCAGAUUGUCAGAUUCUCAUCUGUUGUUCAUUGUAGCGUAUAUUGUUUCAAUUAUUUAUACUGUGUUCAGUUGAAUGAGAAAAAAGAUUUGUGAAAAGGGAAAAUGUCAUAUCAAGGUUCACCAUUCUCAACUGCUUGUGGUCAAGAUGAUUUUGAAUUGGACGAGGAAAAUGAAGAGUAUUUAGAUUAUGAUAGAGAUGCAGAAGAUCAGGAUGAAAGUGACGAAGAUACCGAAGAAGCGAGCGAAACUGAUAUGGGAAAGACUGAAUAUACAGAAAUUAAAGAACAGGUUUAUCAAGACAAACUUGCAAGCUUGAAAAAACAAUUGCAACAAUUGAAAGAUGGCACGCAUCAGGAGUACAAUCGAAAAUUAAAAAGGCUCGAGGAUCAAUAUAAAGAAAGGUUGAGAAUGAAUGUAAUACACCGUGACUAUCUUACCGAGUGGGUUGAGAGAGACUAUAUUCUCGAGAAGAAGGCAGCGGCUAAGGAAUUUGAGGAAAAGAAGAUUGACUUGAAAGACAAUUUACUCACAGACAUGGAGGAUAAACGGAAAAUGAUUGAGUCUGAUCGACACACGAUGGAGCUUACGGGCGAUUCGAUGGAGGUGAAACCGGUGAUGACGAGGAAAUUACGCCGGAGACCGAAUGAUCCAGUGCCAGAGAAGGUUGAAAAGCGCAGGAAACCUCCACCGGCUCAGUUGAAUUACCUCCUAGAUGAGAAGGAAAUUGACAACGAUUUAAAGGCCAUCAGUCGGGGGAAAGUGUUGACUACCGUUCGCAAGCCUGUGGUAAUGCAGCACUAUAGUCCCGUCAACUUACCGACACCGGCAAUAAAUAUCUCGUCAGACUCUUCGUUAGUGGAAACGCGAAUAGAAGAUGGAAAACUCUUAUAUGAAAGAAGAUGGUUUCACCGAGGCCAAUCGGUUUACGUUGAAGGCAAAGAUUUACAAAGAUUUUCGGCAACCAUAUCGGCCAUUGGAAAUGAUGUGGUUUGUGUGAAGAAAGUCACGGACGGAAGUAAAGUGAAAGUGUGCAUAUCUCAAUUAAGCAGGGGGAAGAUUUCAAUCAAACGACGUGCAAAUUAAAAGUGAUGCUCAAAUAAGUUCGUAUUGUUGAAAUUAGAAAACUGUU